UGUACGUCACACGAAGAUGGCGGCGCCCGUCAGAAGGACUAUCCGACGACUUCUGCAACAGGAGGCCGUCCGGCUGAGGUCGUAUGCCCAGGGAUGGCGUCACCACCAUGACGCCGCGGGCGCCUCGCCGCCCUACGUACCCCGCAGAGCCGUGCUCUACUGCCCUGGCAACGAUGAGCGAAAGCUGCGGAAACUGGCCACCCUGGACGUCGACUGCGCCGUACUGGACUGCGAGGAUGGCGUCGCCCUCAACAAAAAGACGGAGGCCAGGGAAACCAUCGCCAGGAUGUUGGCUGAACUGAACUUGGGCCGAACAGAGAAGUGCGUGAGGGUCAAUUCGGUGUCCAGUGGUUUCGCUGAGGCUGACCUGCAAGUUGUCCUCCAGGCCGACGUUCUGCCACCCGCCCUGAUGUUGCCCAAAGUGGAGGACACGCAAGAGGUUCAGUGGUUCGUUGACAGGUUUCAGCGCAGCUUGAAAGGACGGCCGCUGACGGAACCCGUUCGCCUGGUGACCUUUGUGGAAACUGCUGUGGGCCUGCUCAACUUUAAGGCGCUGUGCGAGGAAAUCCGUCGGCUCGCGCCCGAGGCCGGCCUCCGCCACGACGCCGUGGUGUUCGGCUCCGAUGACUUCUGCGCCAGCAUAGGCGCCUCACGGACCCACGAUGCCAAGGAGCUGCUAUACGCCAGGCAGAAAGUGGUCACCACCGCCAAGGCUUUCGGGCUGCAGGCUAUCGACCUGGUGUACAUCGACUACAAAGACGAGGGCGGGCUGAGGCGGCAGGCCCGAGAGGGCGCUCUCAUGGGCUUCACAGGUAAGCAGAUCAUCCACCCCGGUCAAGUCGGAGCCGUGCAGCAAGAAUUCUCUCCCACUCGGCAGAGGGUCCGGUGGGCUCAAGAGCUCAUUGCCGCAUUUGAGCAACACCAGAAAGAAGGAAAGGGCGCGUUCACGUUCCACGGCAGCAUGAUCGACAUGCCCUCGCUGAAGCAAGCGCAGAACAUCGUGACGCUGUCGGCCGCCGUGCCGCAGGAAGAAGGCGGCCGCCGGGGGAGAAGUACGUAGAGCUGCCGCUUCCGGAACCGGACUUCGCCUGACACCAAGAGGACAGUUUUGUUCCAAUUCAGUUGUUUCUUUUUUUUUUUUUUUGGACGAGCCGGCCCCGCCGGUGGUGGCGCGCCAUCGAUUCCGUCAUCGCGUGCUCGAGGUCACCGUGAAAGCAUUUUCACGGUGACCUCGAUGGUCAGCGCUGCUGGGCGAAAAAUGUAAACAAACACUAUUUUGAUUUGCGGGAGAUCCAUUCAGCGCCCCCCGACGUCAGACACGCAGAACCGCGUGACCUCGCCGUUUAGCGCCUUUGUGCGGGUCCCUUUGGCGAAGGUCGUGUGGCUCCUCGCCGGCCGGCCGGCCGGCCGGCCUGCGGGUUUAAACGUGGACAAAUAGAAUAAAAGCUGCCUGAUCUCUGGUUGAA